AUGCGACGGUUUUUGACGCGCUGUGGACAUCGCGCGGCGCGACGGGCGGUGACGCGAUGGAACGCGCCGGUGAGCGCGAGCGUUGAGGGGAGAUGGAUGCACGCGGCGCCGGUGCUCUCGCGCGGGUACGCGAGCGGUGGGAGCGUCAUCGGGAUCGAUCUCGGGACGACCAACUCGUGCGUGGCGGUGAUGGAGGGUAAGAACGCGCGGGUGAUCGAGAACGCGGAGGGGGCGCGAACGACCCCGUCCAUGGUUGCGUUCACGGAUAAGGGUGAGCGGUUGGUCGGACAGCCGGCGAAGCGUCAGGCGGUGACGAACCCGACGAACACGCUGUACGCGACGAAGCGUCUCAUAGGUCGUACGUUUGAGGACGAGCACACGCAAAAGGAGGCCAAGCUCGUGCCGUACGAGAUCAUCAAGGCGCCGAACGGUGACGCUUGGGUGUCCGCGGGUGGGAAACAAUACUCCCCGUCGCAAGUGGGAGCUUUUGUGUUGCAGAAGAUGAAGGAGACGGCGGAGGCGUACCUCGGUUCCAACGUGUCGCAAGCCGUCAUCACCGUGCCGGCUUACUUCAACGACGCUCAAAGACAGGCGACGAAGGACGCGGGUAAGAUCGCUGGUCUCGAAGUGCUUCGUAUCAUCAACGAGCCGACGGCCGCGGCGCUGUCCUACGGUGUGGACAAGAAGGAGGGCCUCGUCGCCGUCUAUGAUUUGGGUGGGGGCACCUUUGACGUCUCCAUUCUUGAAAUCUCUGGCGGCGUUUUCGAAGUGAAGGCAACGAACGGGGACACUUUUUUGGGUGGAGAAGACUUCGAUACCGUUUUGCUCGACUACUUUGUCGACAACUUCAAGAAGGAUCAAGGCAUUGACCUCAAGCAAGACAAGCUCGCCGUGCAACGCCUCCGCGAAGCCGCGGAGAAGGCGAAGAUUGAACUUUCAUCGGCGGCGAGCACCGACAUCAACUUGCCAUUCAUCACGGCCGACGCGACUGGCCCGAAGCACAUGGCGCUCCAGCUCACGCGCGCCAAGCUCGAAGAGCUUGUGGGUGGUCUCCUUGAGCGCACCAAGCAACCGUGCAAGAACUGCUUGAAGGAUGCCGGCGUGAGCACGAGUGAAAUCUCCGAGGUUUUGCUCGUCGGUGGUAUGUCGCGCAUGCCCAAGGUGCAACAAAUCGUCAAGGACCUCUUCGGCCGCGAGCCGAGCAAGGGCGUUAACCCCGACGAAGUCGUCGCCAUGGGCGCCGCCAUCCAAGGUGGCGUCCUCCGCGGCGACGUCAAGGACAUUUUGCUCCUCGACGUGACUCCACUCUCUCUUGGCAUCGAGACUCUCGGCGGCGUGUUCACGCGCUUGAUCAGCCGCAACACGACGAUUCCAACGAAGAAGAGCCAAACCUUCUCCACGGCCGCGGAUAACCAAACCCAGGUCGGAAUCAAGGUGUUGCAAGGCGAGCGCGAGAUGGCCGCGGACAACAAGACGCUCGGUCAGUUUGACCUUGUCGGCAUCCCGCCGGCGCCGCGGGGUGUGCCACAAAUCGAAGUCACGUUCGACAUCGACGCCAACGGUAUCGUCAACGUGAGUGCCAAGGAUAAGGCGACGGGUAAGGAGCAAAAGGUCACCAUUCAAUCUUCCGGUGGCUUGUCGGACAGCGACAUUGAAAACAUGGUUCGCGACGCGGAGGCCCACGCCGACGCAGACAAGAAGCGCAAGGAGAUGAUCGAGAUCAAGAAUGAAGCCGAUACGCUCAUCUACAGCGCUGACAAGAACCUCAGCGAGCACGGCGCCAAUUUACCGCAAGACGUGAAGGAUGCCAUCACGAACGCGCAAGCGGACGUGCGCACCGCUUCCGAGGGUGAGGACGUUGAAAAGCUUCGCGAAGCGAUCAACGCACUCCAAAAGGCCGUGAUGAAGAUCGGUGAGUCCCUCAACCAAAGCGCGGGGUCCUCCGGCGCCGCUUCCGAGGGUAACACGUACGAAGGCGAGGAAGUGAAGGAAGAGAAGAAGGAAUCCGAAGGCGCCAAGUAA